UGCGGUUUCCUGAUGCUGCAGAUCCAAACAUACCCCAGAUUGGCUUUCCCUAUAUUUAUGUGGGGCAGGUAUGGAAAUGUAUACAGAAAUGUUGUCACAUUCUUUUGUGGGUCUACGAUUUCCUGAUGCUGCUGACCUUUUAUUUACUCGACUUGGACUUUUACUUUUGGCUAUAGAAUUAAAAGAUGAAGAUAAAAAGGAAUGCAGCAUUGCGAUAAAUCCUGGUCCAGUAACCGUCAUUUUGCCGCAAACACAAGGAUUUUUUAUUGCACAAUCAGCCGAUGAAGUUAAAAGGUAA